AGGAGGAUGGGCCACUGGUGGGCUACUAUCUCUCCCGACCUCCCAAAGCCAGUCCGGCAAUCAGUCAGUCAGUUUAGGGUAGCACCGCGGUUCAGUCGGAGGAAGUCGCAAUGAUACACUAGCUAGCAUGCAAGGACAAUUGACGUAAAUGGCGCUUCUCAAAAGGAAAAUACAUCAGCGUAUGCUGUUCUUUGCUGUUUUUCUUCCAAUAUCAGGUGUCUUUUGCUUCAGUGAGUUGUUUUUCAUCAAAGAGCCCCACGAUGUGACGGUUAUGCGCAAAGAAGCCGUCAUUCUAGACUGUCAGGCGCACGGAGAGACGCCCAUCGACGUCCGAUGGCUGAGAAAUGGAGCCAAAGUGUCAGUGAACGAGCGGGUUUACCUGCUCUCCAACAGCUCCCUUUACAUUUCCGAAGUGGAGACCAGACGAGGAGAUAAAUCAGACGAAGGCUUCUAUCAGUGCCUUGCCCAAAAUAAGUACGGGGCCAUUCUUAGCCAAAGGGCCCGGCUGACAAUCGCAACUAUUUCAUCAUUUACAAGUCAUCCAACUUCCAUCGUGGUAACUGAAGGCUCGGUCGCCAGAUUUUCCUGCAAAAUAAAUGCACACCCUCCUCCAAUCAUCACUUGGGAGUUCAAUCGGGUUACGUUACCCCUCGCUACUGAAAGAAUUACAGUGCUGCCCAGUGGCGUGCUUCAGAUCCAUGGUGUGCAGCUGGCAGACGGUGGCAAUUACCGAUGUGUCGCCACCAACAUCGCGAAUCGGCGCCGUAGCUCGGAGGCCAAGCUCACCGUCAUCUCUGCUCCUAUCCCCCGGCUUCCCCAGAGGCCACACAUCAUAGCUGGGCCACAGAACAUCUCCGUGUCGGUGCAUCAGAGCGCCACUCUGGAGUGUAUGGCCACUGGCAACCCCCGGCCAAUUGUUUCUUGGAGUCGAGCCGACAGCAAAUCUAUUGACGUCUACCACACCAAAGUGCUGGGAAAUGGCAACCUUGUCAUCACAGACAUCAAGCCCCAGCACACUGGAGUCUACGUAUGCAGGGCCACUACACCCGGGACGCGAAACUUCACUGUCGCAGCAGCCAACGUUACUGUACUCGCACCGCCCUCCUUAGUUGAGUGGCCGGAGAGCCUUACGCGUCCGCGUGCUGGCACGGCUCGCUUUGUGUGCCAAGCUGAGGGUUUUCCUAGUCCACAGAUCACCUGGCUUAAAAACGGAGAGAGCAUUCACUCCAAUGGUCGAAUCAAGAUGUACAGCAGCAAACUGGUCAUUAACCAGAUCAUUCCUGAGGACGACGCUAUCUAUCAGUGUCAGGCUGAGAACGAGCAGGGCUCCGUGUUGGCCAUGGCGAGGCUCAUCGUGGUCAUGUCGGAGGAUCGCCCCAGCGCGCCGAGGAAUAUCCGAGCGGACACUGUGUCGAGCUCUGCCAUCCUGCUGGCUUGGGACAGGCCGCUCUACAACUCUGAUAAAGUUAUUGCUUAUUCUGUGCACUACAUGAAGGCUGAGGGAUUAAACAACGAGGAGUACCAGGUUGUUAUUGGAAAUGAUACGACCCGCUAUAUUAUUGAUGACCUGGAACCAGCUCGGAACUACACGUUUUACGUGGUGGCCUAUAUGCCCAUGGGAGCCAGUCGCAUGUCUGACCACAUGUUCCAGCACACACUCGAGGAUGUUCCCCUUCGUGCCCCCGAGCUCAGCCUCACUAGCCGCAGCCCCACCGACAUCCAGGUGUCGUGGCAACCUCUCCCUGACAAGCUGAGCCGCGGCCGAGUCGCUGCCUAUCGUUUGUCGCAUCGAGCCAGCGCUGAGAGCACGGUCUUUCAGAUCGAGCUUCCAGGAGAAAAGACACAGCACCUCCUAGAAAACCUGCAGCCUGACACUAUCUACCUUUUGCGGAUCGCUGCCUCCACCAGUGUUGGCUGGGGAGAGCAGUCGGCGUGGACCUCUCACCGCACCCCCAAGGCAUCCAGCGCCCAAGUUCCUCUUUCUCCUGAGCUGCAUUUGGAGCCCUUGAACUGCACCACAAUUUCAGUGCGCUGGCGAUUGGUGCAGAGAAAUUCAGCCAGCGUGCAAGGCUACAAACUCUUCUACCAUGAGGAGAGCCAGUCUGAGAGCGCCCCGCUUCGGUUGCGUGCUUCGGAUCACUCGUACACCAUUGGAGGUCUUGACCCAAGGAAGAAGUACCAUGUGAAACUUCUGGCUUACAACUUUAUUGGAGAUGGUUACCAGGCAGAUCAAACUAUCAGCACCCCUGGAUGUGUCUCUGUCCGGGAUCGCCUGGUGCCACCUCCUCCACCUCCCCACAACAUGUAUGCAAAAACCAACAGUUCGUCUUCCAUCUUUCUUCACUGGGGGCGACCAGCUUUCACCUCCAGCCACGCAGUCAACUACACCAUCCGCUGUAACCCUGUUGGCCUGCAGAAUGCCUCCCUGGUGCUCUACCUGCAGACGAAUGAGCAAAGCCUUUUAGUAAGAGAUCUGCAGCCUAACACCAAGUAUGAAUUUGCUAUCCGACUUCAUAUUGACCUGCUAUCCAGCCCCUGGAGCCCUGUGGUCUACCAGAGCACUUUCCCUGAGGCUCCCACACUGCCUCCCACCAACAUCAAGGUGACACUGAUCGAGGAGGACACAGCCCUGGUGUCAUGGAAGCCCCCGGAGGAAUCCAAACUAUCUGUUACACACUACACAAUCCUGUAUGCCUCCAGAAAUGAAUGGCUCACCGGGGAAUGGAAGGUGGUACAAAGAGAAGGAAGCAUCACUAUGGCGCUGCUGGAGAAUCUGAAACCCGGCCAAUUCUACCUGGUGAAAGUGUCUGCCUCCAACAACAUGGGCGACGGGCCCUUUUCGCACAUGGUGGAGCUGACGGUGCGAGCGGAUCCCUCCUCUGGUCAUGGCCCUCGGCUCUCGCAUGACUCUGCACGGCCCAACGUCUUUUCCGAUGGCUUCUACCACCUGGACCAAACAUCAAUGACGGGCAUCACAGUGGGGGUCUCUAUCGCACUUAUGUGUAUCAUUAUCUGUGCUUUCAUCAUAGUGUGCAGAGGCAAACACAGGAAACCGUCAGCUGUUAAACUACACGGAGAAGGAAGGAGCCCACUCGCCUCUGCUGCCGGACGCCAAGGUUCAGAAAGCUUGCCUGAGGACGCCCAAGUGAGCGUGGCCACGAUGAGCACAAAUCAUUUCAUCGAUAGCAAGGGUGGAACAAAUCUCAUCAUCAAUUCUCUCGGUCCAGUUCAGACAUGUGCUGAGAAGAAAAACAAGUGGUUUUCCUUCAGUAGCCAUGGUGAAAAGAGUGUUCAACAGGUGCAGAAGACGAGGAACUUGACGGCCUCUUACCAGCCCGGCUCCACUGUGCUAACAUACGAAGCUGAGCGGUCGGUUCCCACGGAACCACCCGCCUCCCUGCAGGCUCUGCUGGGGCGUCCCGGAGAUUCGGAGGGCUCCUCCGGCAGCGAGGGCAGCCACGCUACUGCCGACUCUGGUCGCUUCUCACAAGAUGAGACGGAGAUGACCAACCUAUCAUCCAGUUCAAGCAGUCGACAGCCGUCUGUGUCGGCAGAGGAAGGAAGCGGUGACCGGGGUGUGGAGGAAUCAUGUCGGCCAGAUUGUCAGACGGAUUUGAGGUUGGUGGAGUCUGUCGAGGAGCCCUGCUCUCAUCAGGACGUCCAAAGUGCUCAGCCUUUGCUGUCAGUGUGUGAGGUUGUGUGAGUCUAAUGUGUGUAAAUUUGGAAAGCCAAUUGAGCAUUUCUUGCAUAUCUCUGAUAUCCAAGUCGAAAUCCUUGGCCUUGCUAAUCAGAUCCUUCAGGGAGUAAGUUGGCAGGCAUGUGUCACAGCAGCUCCAAAAUGGAGCCCUAGGAAUACAUACAAUGUGAUUUUUUUUUUUUCCUAAAAUAGAAUAUUAUCGUCAUAUAAAGAGCAAAACAGUAUAAUACACGUAAAAAUAGAAUAGUGCUUCUGCAACUAUAAAUUUUACGGUAGAUUUUUAUAACUAUUAUUUAUCCUGGGAUCCAUAUGUAAAUGAUCUUGAUUGUGGUGGUAACGUCACUCCGCUUCUUUACCUGUUCUCCCCCCUUUCCAACUGGUUUUCCAACACACGUCAAUAUCCGGGCAGUCGAGCGUGCUGUCUACUGAGCUACUAAAAACCGGUUGGAUUCGAAAAAAAAAUGAGAAAAGACACAGUGAUGUCACCACUACCAUAAGAUGGGUUACACAUACAUAACUUUUAACAGAUGUAAAACAGUUAAAAUAAAGUUCUUUUUACUGUAGUUUGUUGUUUUCCCCCCCCCAUAAAUUUCAUGUUUUUUUUUUACUCAUUUUUUUUUAGAGUGUGUGCUCCGUAUUCAUUUACCAGUAUGCAGAAAUAUAUAGUAGUAGAAAAAUUUUGAUUAGUAGAAAAGUGUUGUUCUUCAAGCGCACCGAAUUGUCCUACUAGAGUAUAUCGUACAGUACAUAAAACUUAAACUGGAUAUCAGUGCAAUCAAAUAUGCUCAAAUGGUUUUCCGUGUGUUUUUGAGUGUGUGUGUGUGUGUGUGUAUGAGACGGUAUACAUACAGCAAAGUUUUAUUUUACAAAACUCCACUGGAUCCAAAUUUACUCCAAGCAGUUUUAUUUAAAUGAGUCACAAGUGUACCUCACAUUUGAAUGUGACUGCAGUGUGUAUGAGUGUUUUUUUUUUAAUCCAACAUUUAUCCUUAAGCCUGCUCAGUUUUUACUAUUUUACAUUUGUAGACUUUUUAUUUCUACAGGCUUUUCAUAUGUUGUCUUUGUUUUGCAUGGAAGUGUAUUGCUGUCACAGCAGGGGGGAAACAGUUAAGCAACAUGUUAUUAUGUUAAUUUGAUAUAUAACAUGGUAAAGUUAGCAAAAAUACAAUUCCCAUUGGUGUCCUUUUUUGUCUUGUAUAGAUCAAACUUACUUGCUACCUAAAAACACUGCUCUUGCAUAAUACUGUUCAGAAAAACAAAAUCCAGUUUUAACGUAAUAACUUUUUAUGUAAAAACAUGGUACAUAUCAUGUUUUAUUGUUAAACACCCCAUGUCAAAAUGUGAAAUUUACCACACAAUUACCUCACUUAGAAUUUUUUUGUCCUGGUGUGACAGCAGCAAUACACUUCCGUACUUUUGUAUGUCAUAAUUCUCACCCACCAUGAAUGUCUAAAGAAAAAAAGAUUGUCAAAACUUUAUUUAAGAGAGUUUAUCACUGGAGUGAAAGGGAAGUCCUUUUCGCUGAUUAUCUACCUCGGUUCGCUUGCGAGUGAAACCGCCACUGUAUAUUUAAAUAACUACUGUCUUAUUCGACUUGACAUAGUCUGUGAAACUUCCUGUUUUUUUUGUUUUUACACGCGUCAUCCCAUUUCGUCUUGAUUAAUUCCUUUCCUUAUUUACUGGAAUGUAAGGGCAGUGCAGCUUCCAUUCUCUUGUCGUGCUGGAUGCAAAACACAUUUAUCUCCACGGGUGUUGCCGAGGUCACGAGCCAGUAUUAAUAUGUGUUUUCUGAUCCAUUAUUGAGUGAUGCAUGGAAGCAAGCCAUGCAUAUUGUUGUUUUUUUUUGUAUGUUUAUGUCAAUGUGCAGCUGCCCUUGCGCUUCCUGCUUUUAUACUACCUCCCGUUGAUUUCUUUUGUUGGUUUUCCUAAACUCAGGGAACAAAGUUUAGUACAUUUGAAAAGGCGUGUAGUGUUAUUGUUACAUGCUGAACUGACAGGGUAUCUUCUCAGUACUAAACUGUGUGAGUAAUUGCUUAAUAGAGUCGCUAUGAAUGUAUCUCUGUGCCAGUAACUGAGACCUCCCACACAGUACCCUGACCCUUAUACGAUUGUGUUUUAAUAUUGUUUGUCAGCAAGUGCGCGGCAAGCCGUUUGAGCAUUUCUUUGGCGUGCCGGUAGGAAGAGUUGCUAGCCGUGCUAGUGUUGAUUAAUUUUUUUUUUUUUAGUGUCAUAAUAUUUAAGCCAUUGAUAGUGACGACUAACAGCAGAAGAUAAGUUAAUGGUACUGAAAGCUUUAAAUGAGUCAAUCAAAUGCUCAAACGGUUUGCUAUCCAAGCAGGUGGUGAAGCGCCUGAUAAUUGGCCUUAACGUGGACGCGUCCGUCAAAGGCCUGGCGCGGCCUCGUGUUUCUCAGGUAGAAGAUUGAAGAGCGAUUGGAGUCUUAACACACCGAGUUUCAUAAUCAGGGAUGAAAGUGAAGAAUCGUUAACGAACGACGUGCCAUUCGACUUCCUGCAAAUGUCUAUUUUUGUGAGCUUUGUACUACUGAGUACACAAUAUAGUCGAAUCUAGCGCCUUUUAUCUGUUUUCCCCUUUUUGCCUUAGUGUAGAUAAUAAUUAGCACUUGUCUGCUAAGUAGUUUUAUAUUAGCAGGCUGAUGCGCAGCGGUGACCGACGCUAACCCCCAAAGACAUGUUUGCCUACCUGACGUUUGGUUUGAUUUGAAACUUGUCAGUUGACAAGAAAAUGUGGAAUAAUCAGAAACAUGAGACCAAAGAUGAAGAUCAGCCGAGGUGCUGGUCCUCAAAAUGAAGCCUUUAAUGCACGUUUGUGGCCUUGAACUCCAAAUAAGUUCUCCAGGGAAGUGCCAGCAGCAUUCACCCCCCCAAACCCCAUGUGUGUGACAAUUCAUAAUCAGUCCAUGCUGCUCACAAAAACAACCCUCAUGCUGAGUUCCUCCACAACUGAUGCAAUCAGAUGUUUGUAUAUUGUAGGUGAAAAGUGUAUUGUUUCUUAGUCAUCUGGUUUGCAACAGUGCAGCAAUGUGCUUUCAGAAGUGCAGCCACUUGUCCAUUCUGUAGUCCAAAUGCAGUAGUUGUAACUUGACCUGCUACUUUAAUUGUAUAGUAUACGGCAGAAAACACUCAGGUGACUUGAAGUUCUGCUCUGAAAACCCCAAUUUGGACAAAUUUCAAAUCUGUCCAAUAUGCAUGUGUGAUACAUCAUUGAAAAGCUUAAAAUCUAUUUUUUCUGGGGGAGGAAAAAAUUUGAACAGGAGGGCAUUUAAAAAAAAAAAAUAAUUACCGGGGAAACCUUAACUAGAGGUGGGCGCAUGAAAGAGCACAAUUAAAGACCCCAUGAUUUAAACGAGAUGUUAUCGCAUACUUACGUUAUUUCGAUCCAAAAACUUCAUGUAGCAUGCAUCACCGAGUGUCAAGACACAGCUGUGAAUGGCCACAGCAGGAUUUUGGGGGGAUUUUAUGGGUGAAACAUGGUCAUAUAACAAGGGUCGCGAUGCAGAAAUCGCAGACAUCAAGGAGUGGUCAAGAUUUUCUUUUUCAUAUAUUUACCCUUUAAAAAAAUUUUUUUUUUUUCAUUUUUCUUUGUUUCGAUCGAUUAUUUAUCAUUCUAACAUAACGGAGAAUAUGCGAAGUAACAAAAAAAGUACAAUUAAGCGAUAGUUAUGAGGUAGAUAUCGGUGACUUAUUUACAGACGCCAUUUUUUACAUUCUGACGUAAUUUGUUUAAAACUUUAAAAUAUGUGAAUGAAUAAUUUUUAAAGUCAUUUUUAAAAAAAAACUAAAUAUUAGACAUCAAUAAAUGAUUCUAAGCUAAAAAUGACAUUUUGAAUAAUAAAUAUAAUUAAUUACCUUUUUAUGGCUGGGUUGAAACAAAAGCGGUUGUGCGACGUCUGUAAAUGGGGGUCUCCAGGGUAAAACUGACAAAUUAAAAGUAGUUUGGGGGCUUAAUGCACUAUGAAUCUGCUAUGGAAGCAUAUGGACAUAUUGUUCUUUCAAACACAACAGUCCUUUUGGCUUAAAAUACAGCACUUUAUAUUAAAGACGGGUGCAAGAGCAGAAACUGCUUUUUCAGUCUCGUCUGUGUUUUCCGCCAUAUGUAUUGUAUAGUAUCAGAAUUCAAAUUUUUUUUAAAAUCUAACUAAUUUGCGACUGUAAUUCAUCUUGAUUGAUCUUAUUUUUAAUUGCACAACACUAUCCAGAAAAUAAUUAUUUUUAUAAAUUUAAGUAGAACUUAGUGAAUAACUAAAUAAAAUAACACAAACAUUGUUAACACUUAAUGCAUGCAAUGAUUUACAUACAAAAACAAAAAAAAAUAACAAAAUAUCCCUGGCCAAAUAUGAAGACGGUUACAGAACAUAAAGUGCCAUUAUAAGAGUGGUAAAAUAAAAACAUUUUAACAUCAAGCCUCAGUCAAAGCCACACUGAUAUUGUUUUUUAUAAACAAAACUAUUUUCAGCAAGUUGAGAGUUGUUUACAACAGAGCCCGCCAGAGGAAACCUUUGUCACAGGAUGGUUGCCAUUUUGUUAGGCCGUAAGACAUCUAGCCCAUGAGCUCUUGUCUUCUGUGCUCGCUGCAACAUGCUUUAUGUUAAAAUGGUAGUGCAGUUUGAGCGCUUUGGUGGUAUGCAAACUCUUUCAUGCAGUUUUCACAAGACUAUGCAUUAACUCUGCCAUCAGGUAGUUUUAAUUCAUUAAUAUAUAUACAGUGCGGAGAACAACAUUGGCAGUGUAUCAAAUACUUGUUCCCUCCACUGUAUUUUUUAAUAAACCUGCCUCAAUGUCCUACAGCAUUAGUUUACCUGGAACUGUGCAAACCGUGACAAAGGGUCAACAUUGCUCGGAACACAAACCAUGAUUAAAAAUGCGGGGGCAAUUUUUUUUUUUUUUUUUUAUGCUUUAAAACAUACGUAGCUUAUAAAAGUACAGUACGAAUAUAAGAGUAAAUUAUUUCAAAGAAAGUCAAAAUGUUUUAAGCAAAAUAUUUAGCAUUAUAGGAAAUAAGUUUAAAAAUACAUAAAAAUAUUUAAAUUCUUAAAUAAUAUUAAAGCAUUCAUCUCCCGUUAAUGGUAGACAGUGAUUUAAAUGCAAACAAAUAUACAGUACUUAAAAAAGUCGAAUACAACUGAACUGUACUUUGAUAGCUAUUCAUUUGUGUGCCACUAGAGGGAGUGAGUACCACCAGUGUUAUUUAAACCACUAAUAAUGACUGAAUUAAGAUAUUAUGUUAUUAAACUAAGGACGUUUCAUUCAAGUAUUUGCUUGCAACACAAAGCAAGAAAACAACCAUGGUGACAAUUAAUAAAUGGGGAUGAAACCUUUUUUUUUUUUUUUUUAAAGACUGCAGAAAGCUCAGCGGGCACACGGAUGUUCUUACAUUGCUGCUUUUAAUCAGAGGACUCAAUCAUGGGUGGUUUUUGGAUGACACAAUCAGUUACAUUUUGUUUUCAGGUGCAAACAUUAUAAACCAAAGAUUUUUUUUUUUUAAAUGGUCACCGUUGCUUAUCGGCGAGAAGGGAUCAGUUCAAAUGCAUUGUUUAUUGGUGAUUUCUUGUCCUUGUCCUGUCUCCUCUUAUUCUUUAGUUUUUGGCUUUAGGUUUGUGGGAAUCUGGCCAAAUGCAACUUCUUCCCACAAGCACAACCUUGUGUGUUGUCCUGUUCACUUCUCAUGUGUUUCUAUCUGAUCAUGUGAAUUGGAAGGGAUUGAAAUAACAUCAGGCGUUUUUUCCCUUUCGGCAGUAAUGUUGUGAUGAUGACGUCGAGAGCCGUGGGUCUUUAUUUUUUUUAACAUAUAAACUCAGGGGGACCCCGGACUCCUCCUCAGAAGAGAAAGUUAUGAUGAUUGAAUGUAUCCCUUGAAAUUAUGAUGCUUUUAUUAGUGUUUUUGUCUUUGUUGUCAAAAUUGUUUGCAUUUGUUUUUACCCCAAACAUUUUUUUAG